AUGACACGCCCCAUUAUUGAAAACAAGGCCGCCCCGGGCAUCUCUUACUACACGCCCGCCCAGGAGCCCGCUGCCGGAUCAGCCGCGAUCCCGCAGUCUGAUGGAUCGCAGCCUCCUAAACUCUUCCAGCCUUUCACUGUGCGGGGCAAGACCUUCCACAAUCGCAUUGGGCUUUCCCCACUCUGCCAAUACAGCGCCGACGAUGGGCACAUGACUGAUUGGCACAUGGCUCACCUGGGCGGAAUUGCCCAGCGUGGUCCAGGUUUCCUGAUGGUGGAGGCCACAGCAGUGCAAGCCAAUGGCCGCAUUACACCCCAAGAUCAUGGUCUCUGGAAAGACUCGCAGAUCGAACCUCUCCGCCGUGUGGUCGAGUUCGUGCACAGCCAGAGCCAACUCAUCGGCGUCCAGCUGGGCCAUGCGGGCCGCAAGGCCAGCACUGUGGCUCCCUGGUUGAGCGCAGCCGACACUGCCACCGAGGAAGUGGGCGGAUGGCCCGACAAUGUGAAGGGCCCCUCGGACAUUCCAUUCCAGGAGAAAUUCCCCACUCCCAAGGCCAUGACGCUUGCCGAGAUCGAAGAAUUCAAGAAGGAUUGGGUGGCCGCUAUCAAGCGCGCUCUCAAGGCCGGUGUGGAUUUCAUUGAAAUCCAUAACGCCCACGGCUAUCUGCUUAUGAGCUUCCUAUCGCCCGCUACAAACAAGCGCACGGAUCAAUAUGGCGGCAGCUUCGAGAAUCGCAUUCGGUUGUCUAUGGAGGUCGCCAAGUUGACUCGCGAGAAUGUUCCGGAUGACAUCCCCAUCUUCCUGCGUGUUUCAGCUACCGAUUGGCUGGAGGAGGUCAUGCCCGAUGAGCCCAGCUGGCGCAUGGAAGAUACGGUCCGUUUCGCCAAGGCGUUGGCUGAUAGCGGUAACGUCGAUGUCUUGGAUAUCAGCAGCGGAGGUAAUCACCACAAGCAGCAUAUCCACGCCAAGGCGGCUUUCCAGGCGCCGUUUGCUAUUAAAGUGAAAGAGGCCGUUGGGGAUCGCCUCAAGGUUGGCUCGGUUGGUAUGAUCAAUUCGGGCCAUCUGGCCAAUUGCCUUUUGGAGAACAAUGGCCUAGACUUUGUGCUUGUCGGUCGUGGUUUCCAGAAGAACCCGGGACUCGUCUGGACCUGGGCGGAGGAACUGGAUGUUGAGAUUGGCAUGGCUAACCAGAUCCGAUGGGGCUUCUCGAGUCGUGGUGGUGGAGUCUAUUUGACGAAGCAGCAGAAGUUGUAG